AUCCUCCUCCUCCUCCUCCUCCCUCCGCCCUCCGCAUCCCCGCGCCGCCACCCGCAGCCUCGCCCGGCCGCGCGCGCCCCUGGGUGCCCCCCGAACCGCCCCGGCACCGAGACAUGGCCCCCAUCGGACUCAAGGCUGUGGUGGGAGAGAAGAUUAUGCACGAUGUGAUCCGGAAAGUGAAGAAGAAGGGGGAAUGGAAGGUGCUGGUGGUGGACCAGCUGAGCAUGCGCAUGCUCUCGUCCUGCUGCAAGAUGACCGACAUCAUGACAGAGGGCAUCACCAUUGUGGAAGACAUCAACAAGCGCCGGGAGCCGCUGCCCAGCCUGGAGGCCGUGUAUCUCAUCACCCCCUCUGAGAAGUCCAUCCACUCCCUCAUCAACGACUUCAAGGAUCCCCCCACCUCCAAGUACAGAGCUGCCCACGUCUUCUUCACUGACUCCUGUCCUGACGCCCUGUUCAACGAGCUGGUGAAAUCCCGCGCCGCCAAGGUCAUCAAAACCCUGACUGAGAUCAACAUUGCCUUCCUCCCCUCCGAGUCCCAGGUUUAUUCUCUGGAUUCAGCUGACUCCUUCCAGAGCUUUUACAGCCCACACAAGGCCCAGAUGAAGAACCCGAUCCUGGAGCGCCUGGCAGAGCAGAUUGCCACGCUCUGUGCCACCCUGAAGGAGUACCCAGCCGUGCGGUACCGCGGGGAUUACAAGGACAAUGCCAUGCUGGCACAGCUCAUCCAGGACAAGCUGGAUGCCUACAAGGCUGAUGACCCCACCAUGGGUGAGGGUCCAGACAAGGCUCGCUCCCAGCUGCUCAUCCUGGACCGUGGCUUUGACCCCGCGUCCCCGGUGCUGCACGAGCUCACCUUCCAGGCCAUGAGCUACGACCUGCUGCCCAUCGAGAACGACGUCUACAAGUACGAGACCAGUGGCAUUGGUGAGGCCCGGAUCAAGGAGGUUCUCCUGGACGAGGAUGACGACCUGUGGGUCACCCUGCGCCACAAACACAUCGCCGAGGUGUCCCAGGAGGUGACCCGGUCCCUGAAGGAGUUUUCUUCCAGCAAGAGGAUGAACACGGGUGACAAGACCACCAUGAGGGACCUGUCCCAGAUGCUGAAGAAGAUGCCACAGUACCAGAAGGAGCUCAGCAAGUACUCCACCCACCUGCACCUGGCUGAGGACUGCAUGAAGCACUACCAGGGCACUGUGGACAAGCUGUGCCGAGUUGAGCAGGACCUGGCCAUGGGCACCGAUGCUGAAGGUGAGAAGAUCAAGGACCCCAUGAGGGCCAUUGUCCCCAUCCUGCUGGAUGGCAAUGUCAGCACCUAUGACAAGAUCCGCAUCAUCUUGCUCUACAUCUUCCUGAAGAACGGAAUCACCGAGGAGAACCUGAACAAGCUGAUCCAGCACGCUCAGAUCCCGGCAGAGGACAGCGAGAUCAUCACCAACAUGGCCCACCUCGGGGUGCCCAUCAUCACAGAUUCCACGCUGCGCCGCCGGAGCAAGCCGGAGCGCAAGGAGCGCAUCAGCGAGCAGACCUACCAGCUGUCCCGGUGGACCCCGGUGAUCAAGGACAUCAUGGAGGAUGCCAUCGAUGACAAGCUGGACACCAAGCACUACCCGUACAUCUCCACCCGCUCCUCCGCCUCCUUCAGCACCACUGCCGUCAGUGCCCGCUACGGCCACUGGCACAAGAACAAGGCCCCCGGCGAGUACCGGAGCGGGCCCCGCCUCAUCAUCUUCAUCCUGGGCGGGGUGAGCAUGAACGAGAUGCGCUGCGCCUACGAGGUGACACAAGCCAGCGGCAAGUGGGAGGUGCUAAUAGGGUCCACGCACAUCCUCACCCCACAGAAACUGCUGGACACGCUGAAGAAACUCAAUAAAACAGAGGAAGAGAGCAGCAGUUAAAAGGAAACGCUGUCACCACUCGAUGCCGACCCACGUCCCCGCCGGGCGCCCGGCCCCGGGUGCCACCCUGCACCCAGUGGGCCCCAGCUUCUCUCUUAUUCUUGUGUUGAUCCCCCCUCUCCCCUCCCAGCGCCUCCCCCAUCUCAUUUUAUCCACAGGGAGGGGAUAACAGCCAAAAAAAUAAUAAUAUAUAUAUAUAUAUAAAGAAAAUGGAUGCAUUGUGUUUAAGAGAAAAAGGAAAAAAAAAAAUCUAUAUAUUUGUAGCUGCAGCUGUGGGAAGCGCCCAGGAGCUCAUUGCUGAGUAACCAUCUGCCCAUUGCUAGUGAAUAUGGUGGGGAAAAUGACAGAAAAACACUUUUUUUGGGGGGGGAAUGCUCCUCAUUGGGGUCUUGUGUGGAUGAGGAGGACAGAUGGAUGGACACCCCACACCGCUCCAGCCGCUGCUCAGGCGGGCGCCAGGCUGGCACCACCAUCUGUCCCAUGGCUUUUGGGGCGGUGUGUGCUCCUGCCAGAUGUGCACGCCAACAUCUGGGUGGGACUUUGGGAUGGGGGUGGUGUGGGAGUGCAGCCAGGACGCUUCACACCGUGGUGGUAAUUCCCAUGUGAAACGGGACCAAACCGGUCAAAACUGGGAGCUGGGGCCUGUCUGCUUGCACAGCCCUGCUGCAGCCCCACCUCCCUCUCUGGGAAUUCCCUCAAAAAUACAUAUAUAUAAAAAAUAAAAAGAUAUUUUAUAUAUAUAUGUAUACAUCUCUGCUAUCUCUCCAUGGAUACCUCUCUCCAUCCAUCCAUCCAUCCAUCCCCACGGGAGCUCGGUGCCAAUGCCCAGCUCCACUCGUGUCGUCCCGUGGUGAAGCGUUUCUGAGCGUGCCGUCACCUUGAGACCCCCAAAACCCCUCUGGGCCCUCCCCAAAAACCCUCUGGGGCCCCCCAAACCCCCAAGGCCCCCCCCCAAACCCUCUGGACUCUGUGUAUAUUAAUGACUGUGUCUUGUGACGUUCUUACGAGCUUGGUGUAUAGUGAUUUCCCCAAACCUCUGAUUUUAGUUGGGUUUUUAUUUGACGCCCCUGGAUUGCCCCCCUGUCCCUUGCCUUUAGAUGCACUGCAAUAUUUUGGGGUCUAUGGUUUUGUUCUCUUCCCCCUGAAGGCUGUGAGCCCCCUUUUCCUACCCUAAAAUUGCUCUUUCUUGCCUCGUUGGUGGUUAGCCCCCUCCUUUCCCUUCCCUUCCCGUCUGCUCCUUGCCCAUAAAGUUAAAUAUAUAUUUUUAGGGCAAAGGCUGUAUCAUUGCACUGAUAUUUGUUGGUUCCCCUUUGGUCUCCCAGCCCGUUUCUGUUCCUCUUUGGUUUAGCAAUGCAAAUGCUUCAGGAUCUUGUAUGUUGGACAUUAUUAUUAUUAUUAUUAUUUUUUCUGUUACAGUUAUUUAUAUAAAAAAUAAUUUAUCAAAAAGGAAAACUUAAAAAAAAAAUAAUCUAGUCUGUCUUGGAACUUGUUUACCUUGAAAUUACUGGAAUCUAAAUGUUUGAAAGUGUUGAAGCACAAACAUGUAUCAUCUCUGUAUAUCUGUUCUUCUGUACUAAAGCACUCGAGUGACUAAAUAAAAGCGAUCUCCAUCCCUAGUGCAA